AAUUUAAAAUAAAUAAUUCUUGGUUAGCACAUGAAUUAAAGUUUCCGGAACCAAACCGUCAAAAACUUGUGUACCCAUUAAGAUGGAAUCGAAAGAUGGAGUUGGAGAAAUAGACCGGUUAGAGAGGGGUUUGUUAGUGGAGCAUGUCUCAGACGAAGAAGAAGAAGAAGCAGUUGUUUAUACGGCGUCGUUUGAAGAAGCUGAAGAUAAUUUCGUAAAAUAUCAAACAGCUCGAUGGGUAUUGUAUUCACUGCUGCUAAUAUUGGCUUGGGGAAUAGGGCUAAUCAUGUUGCUUUACUUGCCCCUUCGGAGGUAUAUUUUGCGCAAAGAUAUCCGCUCCAGGAAACUUUAUCUCACUCCCAAUGCCAUUGUUUACAAAGUAACAAAACCAGUUCCAUUUCCUUGUUUUGGGGAUUUGAAAAAGGAGAAAUAUGUUCUAUUGCCAUCAGUUGCUGACAUUAUAGUUGAACAAGGUUAUUUACAGUCCCUAUGUGGGGUCUAUUCGGUGAGAAUUGAAAAUGUUGGUGUGAGAAGGUCCCCAAGUGAUGAUCUCCAAAUCCAAGGAAUUGCAAAUCCUCUUGAUUUCAGGAAGGCUGUUCUAACGCGACUAUCAAAUCUUAGAAGUGAGGCAUUCUCUAGACAAGCUUCAGCUGUUGAUAAUACUUUGAAUUUGAGAAUUGGUUAUUCCUCUGCUGCUUCGAUGUCCCCAUCCAGAUCCAUCAGACAUGAUUCUUUAUCUCAUUCGGGAGACCUCGCUGUAUUACAUAAGCUGGAAGAAGUUGGAAGUUCCGUGAAGAGGGUUCAAAAUCUGAUUGAAGAACACCACCUUCAAACACCAGAACAUGCGGCUUAAGGUAAGCGCGUGUACACAGGAGGUCAUAUAAUUCGGCGGCCAACUCUGUUCAUUACUUUCAAUGGUUAUAUCAUGUUAUUAUUAGCUGCACAGGCGCAUUUGUUCAUUUCAGAUGCUUGGCAAAUGAGUUAGGAUGUUUCUCUAGAAAAUCUGCAAGUUCAGAUGCUUCUCAUUAUGUGGGGUUUGCUUCCUCAUUCCAUAUCAAAUUUCGUUUGCUCAGCGUAGCUUUUUUGGAACUAGAAUUAGGUUGCCCAGUUAACAGUCUAGUCAACAUAGGUAGCUCAUUCAAUUAACUGUCUCAUCUCGAGUUUUUAUAAAUAUUUGCAGUGUUUGUUGUGAAAA